UCCUCCGUGCUUCGCAUGCUCCGUCAGACUUUACCUCCGCGUCUAUCGUUCCUGAGAACCUAAACAGGCCCUUGCAAAACUCGACGGGGCGCUGCUGAUCAUAGCUGUCCUCUGAGUCGCAUCGAGAUAGCACAACACACAUACACUCACUCGCUCGCCUCAUAUACACACCAGCCAGUAUGUCGGACUUGCAAGGACGCAAAGUCUUCAAGGUCUUCAAUCAAGAGUUCAUCGUGGAUGAGAAAUACAAUGUUACCAAAGAGCUGGGUCAGGGUGCUUACGGUAUUGUCUGUGCGGCGACCAACAAUCAAACUGAUGAAGGUGUUGCUAUCAAAAAGAUCACCAAUGUCUUCAGCAAAAAGAUCUUGGCGAAGCGUGCCCUCAGAGAAAUAAAGCUGUUGCAGCAUUUCAGAGGACACCGAAACAUUACAUGUCUGUAUGACAUGGACAUUCCUCGACCAGAUAGCUUCAACGAGGCGUACCUCUACGAGGAACUCAUGGAGUGCGACUUGGCAGCCAUCAUUCGUUCCGGUCAGCCGUUGACAGACGCUCAUUUCCAAUCAUUCAUUUAUCAAAUUCUGUGCGGCCUGAAAUACAUUCACUCAGCAAACGUGCUGCACCGUGAUCUCAAACCGGGCAACCUUCUGGUCAAUGCGGAUUGCGAACUGAAGAUUGCUGACUUCGGCCUUGCUCGCGGUUUUUCCAUGGAUCCGGAAGAGAAUGCAGGUUACAUGACAGAGUAUGUUGCCACCAGAUGGUAUCGUGCACCUGAAAUCAUGUUAAGCUUCCAGAGCUACACUAAAGCCAUUGAUGUAUGGUCUGUUGGAUGUAUUCUUGCAGAGCUGCUUGGCGGUAAGCCCUUCUUCAAAGGGCGCGACUAUGUCGACCAGCUCAAUCAGAUUCUUCACUACCUUGGGACGCCCAGCGAGGAGACACUUGCUCGCAUUGGCUCUCCGCGUGCUCAAGAAUAUGUCCGCAACCUGCCAUACAUGCAGAAGGUCUCUUUCCAGGCUCUAUUCCGAAACGCAAACCCGGACGCUUUGGAUCUGCUAGAUCGCAUGUUGGCAUUCGAUCCGUCAAGCCGUGUUAGCGUCGAGCAAGCUCUCGAACAUCCAUACCUGCAAAUCUGGCACGAUGCUAGUGACGAGCCAAACUGCCCCACUACUUUUGACUUUGCAUUCGAGGUCGCUGAAGACAUCUCUGAGAUGAAGAGGAUGAUCCUCCAGGAAGUCCAAAGGUUCAGAAACAUGGUCCGACAGCAGUCCAUCAACCAAGUAGGCGGAGCCACAGGCGGACAGGCCAACAACGUUCCUAUUCCAGACAACUACGAUCCCCGCGCGUACGAGAACCCGCGGCCGCAGGAAUACCAAGGCUACGGCGGCAAUGCACUUGAGCAGGACCUUCAAGGGGGUCUUGACGCGCAUAUGAGAUAGACUAUGAAGUUUUUUUCCUGUGCGAGAAACAAAACGGACGUGGAUAUGAACAUUUUGAAUGCCAGAAUAUGGUCAGGACGGAUGUUUUUAUUCUUCAAUCCGAUUGUAGACACACACACAUGUCAGAUCGAGAGUGGCAUUGGGUGCUGGGGCAGUAAUAUGUCAGUGAUGAUGAUGAUGAUGAGUCUCUCUUCUUUAUUACAGGUCGCUGGGACGUCCCGUACACACACACCUAUAUCUAUGAUAUGUAGCUUGGCGGGUAACGAUGUGACCCGACCCUAUCGCUCCUUCCACCGAUCCUGGC